AUGGGCUUUGCUCUCAAGAAGCCAGACGACGUGGCCGGCGCGUCAUGGCCUGCCAUUGCCGUUGGUUUAUUCGUGGCCUUCGGUGGUGUCCUCUAUGGCUACGAUACUGGAACCAUUUCUGGAAUCUUGGCCAUGUCGUAUUGGAAGAAAGAGUUCUCGACUCAACCUGAUGGCUCGAUCACUGCGGCACAAGACUCUCUGAUCGUCUCGAUUCUGUCUGCGGGUACUUUCUUCGGUGCGCUAUUUGCAGCCCCGACUGCCGACUACCUGGGCCGUCGCAUCGGCCUGAUGGUCUCCGCCAUGUGUGUAUUCAACCUGGGUGUCAUUCUUCAGGCCGCAUCCUCCGGGCAGUCAAUGUUCAUCGCCGGCCGUUUCUUCGCUGGUCUCGGUGUUGGUAUGGUCUCGGCUAUGAUUCCCAUGUACCAAUCUGAGACCUCUCCAAAAUGGAUUCGCGGCACCAUUGUCGGGGCGUACCAAUGGGCGAUAACUAUAGGUUUAUUCCUGGCUGCGAUUGUCAACAACUCCACAAAAAACCUCAAUGACUCUGGCUCGUAUCGCAUACCAAUUUCUAUCCAGUUUGCGUGGGCUUUAAUCCUCUUCUUCGGCCUGCUCAUCCUGCCCGAAACCCCGCGAUUUUUGGUCAAGAAGGACAAGAAAGACCAGGCUGCCAGGGCUCUUUCGAAGCUCCGUCGUCUUCCUCAGGAUCAUCCUGCUGUUGUCGAGGAGAUGUCCGAAAUCGUCGCCAAUCACCACUACGAAAUGAGCCUCGGCAGCGCCAGCUACGUUGAUUGCUUCAAGGGCACUGUCGGCAAGCGCCUUCUCACUGGAUGUUGUCUGCAGUCGUUGCAGCAGCUCACUGGCGUCAACUUCAUUUUCUACUACGGCACGUCCUACUUCCAAAACGCCGGCUUCCAGAACCCAUUCAUCAUUCAAGUCAUCACCAACUGCGUCAACGUCGUGUCGACCAUACCUGGUCUUUAUCUCGUGGAAAAGAUGGGUCGGCGGAACCUACUGCUAAUGGGCGCCAUCGGGAUGUGCGUCUGCCAGUUUAUUGUUGCUAUUGUGGGCACCGUAUCCGGGACGAGCGACCUAGCGGCGCAGCGCGCGGCCAUCGCCUUCGUCUGCAUCUACAUUUUCUUCUUUGCCAGCAGCUGGGGCCCCGUAGCAUGGGUGGUGACGGGCGAGCUGUUCCCGCUCAAGGUGCGCGCAAAGUGCCUGUCGAUGACGACGGCGAGCAACUGGCUGCUAAACUGGGCCAUCGCCUACAGCACGCCCUACAUGGUCGACCCGGAGCACGCGAACCUGCAGUCCAAAGUCUUCUUCGUAUGGGGUUCCUUCUGCUUCGUAUGCAUCGGGUUCGUGUGGUUCAUGAUCUACGAGACGAAGGGCCUAUCGCUCGAGCAGGUCGACGAACUCUACGGCGUCGUGACCAAGGCCUGGAAGAGCUACGAGUUCCGCCCGCAGGUCAGCUUCCAGGAGGUCGAUGAGGUGGCGACCAAGCACGGCCCGGGCGGCCGCAGCCUGAGUAUUAGCGAGGCCGCGCAAGAGGUCCACCGCAAGAAGAGCGUUACUGCUACCGCUGUUACGGCGGAGAAGCUGUAG